AUGUCAUCAACAACUUUUAAGAACUUAAAGAUUGGCCGUAAGCAUAGAGAAAGAGGCCAACUCAAAAAUAGAGAACAUUUGGGUAUUUUAGAAAAGAAAAAAGAUUACAUCUAAAGAGCAAAGCAUUAUCAUAAGAUUAAUGAUUAAUUGAACAAUUUGAAGCUUAAGGCAAGACUGAAAAAUGAAAAUGAAUUUUAUCAUAAAAUGACUAAAGCUAAAAUAGUUGAUGGAAAGCAUGUUGAAUUUGAAGAAGAAGAAGAUGAUUUUGACCCUAAGGAAUAUAGAAGAUUGCUUAAAAAUUAAAAUAUAAAUCUAAUUAAAAUAUAAAAGCACAAAGAUAUGAAACAAAUUGAAAAACUGAAAAGCCAAUUGCAUGAUCUUGAUGCUCCUAGAUAAAACACUAAUAUUAUAUUUGUUGAUGAUAAAGAAGAAUAUGAAAAUUUUGAUUUAGUAGAGCAUUACAAUACUACAGAAGAAAUGAUAUAAAAUAAAUCGAAUAUUUUAACUAAGCAACAAAUUGAAUAAUAAAAAGAAUAACUUGAAUAGUUAAAUUCUAAGCAAAUUAAUUAAAAAGUUAAAGAAUCUUACAUGAAGCUUAAAAAAGUAGAAGAAAAUCACAAAAAAAUGGAAAGAGCUUAUCAAAAGCUAGAAUUUGAAAAGAAUUUAUUGGGUAAAGAAAAAAGAAGAAUUAAAAAAUACAAAACUGGCAAGGUUGCAAAGUUUUUCAGUGAAAGAAAGAAAUGA